UUCACCUCCUUUGAUGAGGUGAGGCAGUACUGCUUUUUUUGUGGCGCUGGCUCACUCAAAAAAAAAGAAAAAAAACUCCUUUUUUAUCUUUCUCAGUUUCUAUUGUAGCUGCAACUCAGGUAUUCAUGGCUUCCAUUACUACAAGUUUGCCUCCACCAUUGUUUUUACAAGGUAGAAAGACCCCUUUCAGGACCCUUCAGAAACUCCCAGUUUCUUCUACUGGAGAGAGACAAAACUGUGCCGUUAUAGUGAAGGCCACAAGUGAUAGCUCAGAGUCUUCAACCUCACUUAGUAUUGUCAAGUCAGUGCAAAAUAUUUGGGAUAAAUCUGAUGAAGAUAGGGUAGGUCUCAUUGGUCUGGGUUUUGCAGCAAUAGUAGCCCUGUGGACAUCAACAAAUUUGAUUUCGGCUAUUGACAAAUUGCCACUUAUCCCAAAUAUGCUAGAAGUUAUUGGAAUAUUGUUUUCUUCGUGGUUUAUAUAUCGAUAUCUCUUGUUCGAACCUGAUCGGAAAGAACUGUUCCAAAUCAUCAAGAAGUCAAUAUCAGAAAUUUUUGGACAGUGAAUUCUGCUGCUGGCAAAGCCGUACUUGCAUGUAAUUGAGGGUGUUGUAAUUUCUGAAUAUCACAAAUGACCAAUCCUGCAGUUGGUAUGUGGAUCGUAUUGCAGUGAUAAUUGAAAUAUGGUGGCAUCUUCAUGGUGUAAUCUUUUUGUAUUAGUGUGAAGUGUGAUGCUUUUAACUUCAAAUGCAACCUAAUUAAAAACACUUGAAAGUUGAACCAAGGGCCUACGUUGUCCAGAGUUCCUCUAUUCAUAAAGAUAGAAACAACUGAAACAUAUCUGUGUCAAAGUUAUCGGGCAGGUCACGGCAUACCACUGUUUCCCCGUGUUGGCAUUUGAAAAUCACUAAAAUUAUAAUUGAUAUAGUAAUAAUUUAAAAUGAUACCUUUUACUAAACAAAUUAUGUUAGUUUAGUUCACUUGGUAUAAACAA